AUGUUUUCGCCGAAUCAGUCGGGAAAUCGAAUAAGCAUUACUCGAAGUGAUAAAACCAAUCGCGUACCAUAUGUACCGCAUAAACAGCUAGAACAACGAAAGCAUCAGAAACAACCGUAUUGGGGUCCCGAUAAUACAUCGGGUGAGGAAUCCAUUAGUAUUCGACUACCUCUUCUCUUAAAUAAGUCAACAAAUACCAGUAUCCAGAGUUCUUCUACUGGGACAGCAACCAGCCGGUUACCUCCACCACCACCACCACCACGUUCAGCUGCCACAUCCCUAAGUUUGUUCCCAGCAUCAUAUCAACGAAUAACUCAACAGGACGUGUCAUCCGAUCGACGACUUUCUUCUGAACUUUUGCAAAUUAGGCUUGAAGCCGUCUCGAAACCUUACUGGGCGCAGGCAAGCCUAUCAAUUUUUACAGAAAAAAUAUUAGUCAUGGAAAAACAUUUAUUUAGCUCAAUCUUAUAUCUUUCAUAUUGA